GUUAAAAACGCACCCAAACAAAGUUCCACCACAGAUUCACGUGCCGAGUGGGGUACUAGGUGUUAAUGUGUGUUGGUAGUUGUUACCUAGAGAAUGGAAAGGAACGCAGUAACAGUUGCCGCCAUUAAAUCUUUAGGAAGAGGGAGAAGGAAGAUAACAUUUUGUCAAUGAAGUAAAACUCAAUUGUGUAAAGAAAGCAAAAAUACUAAUUAACUUUAGGUACCCGUGUGGCCCUUGUUUGCAUCAAUGUGGUUGUGAGGAGCUCCCCUGUCCACUGCUCAACUGGCUGAGUGCAGAGCUGAGGAAGAGAUGUCCACAACUACAAGAGUCUGUGGGAUCAAGUAAAGUGAUACUAGUGGGAGAGCUGAGAAGUUUAUUGUCGAAUAUGUUCUCCCCUCUCACUGAGCUGACCUCAGGGGUGCUGGAGCCAUCUGUCCUCAACAAAGUCAUUGAAUUCCUUGUGUCAGAAUUACAAGCCGCUCGCAUCAUUAACUAUCUGGAGAUGUAUCCUGAGGAGAAGACGAUGGAAGAGAAAUCUGAAAAACAGAAAAGAGUGAAAGAAGAAGGUUUAAGUCAUGAACUCACUGAGCUUUGUGGUGAAGGUAUUGAUGGUGCCGGUGUUUUGGAUGAAGAGAGAAGAAGGGGUGAGAUGCAGGCUGAGUGGAUAUUAUUAUUGCGUGCCCUUGACAUGAAUGCAUCCUCUCAGUUUGCAGAUGUGUUGAGUGAGGUGGAGUCAAGGCUGGCACGUCUACCUUCACGAUGCAUGAUGGACCCUCUUCUUGACAAAAGCCUCACCUCAGAGCAGUGGGUGAAUCUGAAAAAGAUCAGUGACCAUUUGCUGAAGGACUAUCAGUGUCGGUGGCAAAUGAUGGUUAAACGCUUCCAGGUUACAUUGGAGUCAUUUGCAUGGGGAGAAAAACAAAAAGAGCGCAGAAAAGUGCUGGCCUCAGUGCCUCCUCUCUCCUCCCUCACUAGCUCCUCCACAGUGUCUUUGGCCCAUCUGCUUGCUGCCAGACAAGAUCAGUCCUUCAUUGAGUCAAUCAAGGCUGGACCAAGCACUUCUGUCUACAAGGCACGCAUGGGCAGUGUUCCUGACAGAGGUGGACGACCAGGAGAAAUUGAGCCACCAAUGCCGGUUUGGGAGGAGAGAAGAGCAAAGGGUUACAGAUCAGGAAGUGGGCACCAUCAGCGGCGUACAUUUUCAAGUAGGAAGAAAGGCAAAAAGGAGUAGCAUGUCAACUAACCCUUGGCUUUAGUUAAAGAAUAUACUGUAAUUGUGUGCAUUCAAGGGUUAGAAAUCACAGCAUCAUAUUUAAUUUUAUAUUUGAUAAUGUACAAUUGUAACUUUUUUGUUGUAAUUAAAAGACACGCCUGUCUCUGUGCUGUGUUUCAAAAUGAUUUACUUCACUUUCGAGUAUGUGAGUGAAUAUUACAAGCUUUACGUUUGGAUGGAAAAUAAAAAUUGAGCAUUUUAUUUUUCUGACUUUAAUAAAAAAUAAAUGUUUAA